AUACGUAUAACUACCGAUUUUUCCGGGACUGUCGCAUGCCAUCUCACCUGUUUGAUUCCUUGACUGUCCGUGGCUUCAUUUAUAUAAGAACAAGACUCUGUCGGUUUCAUUGAAGGACGGAUCGCUUGUGGUCUUGUCCUUCUAAAAGGUACACCUUGUUCAUAUUGAGCGACCUACCCCUCCAAUUAUGUCGACUGCCACUUCCAAUGGCUCCAUGACCUCUCAGGUCUUGAGAGCGCGAGCUAUAAAAUCUCUGCAGGCUGCAGAUGAGCGGCUUGGGACUUCCAAUUCGAUCCCGGACAAGGAAAAUGCCGAUUCGAGCGGCGCAUCAACACCAGUUCCAGAAGAUGCUCCACCCUCCGUGAAGUCCAUAUCGACCGCGCGCAAACAAGUUCGAGCAAGACGGCGUCUAUUUCACACCAUCGACUAUAUUCCGCGGGUAUCUCAUUUCGAUCCGCAAAGUGACUACCAUAAUUUUCGCGGGUUUUUCACAUUGUUCUGGAUCGGAUUGUUUAUAAUGGUGGUUACUACAGUACUGCGCAAUAUUAAAGAUACUGGACAUCCAUUGCGAGUGAAAAUGUGGAGUUUAUUGACGGCCAAUGUAUGGCAGUUGGCUAUUAGCGAUCUUGCGAUGGUAGUCAGUUCGGGCCUGGCAUUACCUAUACAGAAAUUGACUCGAAAGGGUGGAAAUAUACUCCGUUGGUACCGAGCAGGAAUUUUGAUUCAGAGUCUAUAUCAAAUUGCGUGGCUCACUUUAUGGAUCAAAUGGCCGUUCAUGUUACAUUGGACCUGGACUGCCCAGGUCUUCUUUACUCUCCAUACUCUGACGAUUCUGAUGAAAGUCCACUCGUAUGCCUUCUACAAUGGCCAUCUGAGUGAGACUGAACGACGCCUGUCGGAACUCGACAAACCGGGUCAGGGGUCAAUGGCGGCCGCAGUGCGAUACCCAAGCUCCCCAGCUCGAGCUGAGACCAUGAACGGUAGUUUUGAAAUAAAAGGAGAAGAGCCACUGUCCAGAUUACGCGACGAUCUAGCGACAGAAUUGACUUCUCCCCUCGGUCAAGUGACCUAUCCUCAGAAUCUUACGCUCGGCAACUUUGUAGAUUUCUUAUUCUGUCCCACACUUUGUUACGAAAUCGAAUAUCCCCGUACACCAAGCAUACGUUGGACAGAAGUCUUCUUCAAAGCACUGGCUGUAUUCGGCUGCAUUUUUCUCUUAACACUUACAAGCGAAGAAUUCAUCGUCCCCGUCCUACACGAAGCGAGCAUCAGUCUAUCCAGCGUGAAUACCUGGUCCGAUCAAGCACUCAUCCUAGCCGAAACGACCAGCAUGCUACUCUUCCCCUUCAUGAUUACAUUCCUGCUAGUAUUCCUCGUCAUCUUUGAAUACCUUCUCGGCGCAUUCGCAGAAAUAACUCGUUUCGCCGACCGACGCUUCUACUCCGACUGGUGGAAUUCAUGUGACUGGCUCGAAUUCUCUCGCGAAUGGAAUAUUCCCGUCCAUCACUUCCUGCGUCGACAUGUCUAUUUCUCGUCAAAGGCAUAUUUCUCCGCUCCGGUCGCAAUGUUCAUUACAUUCCUUGUUAGUGCGCUUGCGCAUGAGCUUGUUAUGAGUUGUAUCACGAAGAAGUUGAGAGGGUAUGGAUUUUUGCUGAUGAUGUUGCAAUUACCCAUUAUUGCUAUCCAAAGGACGCCGUUGAUUCGGCAGGCGAAGACUUGGAAUAAUAUCGUCUUUUGGUUCUCCAUGAUCCUUGGCCUGUCAAUGAUGUGCGCCCUAUACGUUCUAGUCUAGAUUCUGUCAAUGGACUGGAGCCAUCCAUAUAGAUAUUCCUAUCACCGUCCCUUUCUUACCAUCUUCACAGCGAAUUUGUCGAAUAAGCCUCAUUAGUGCCUGGUUUGCACAGUUGAAGUCUCCGGAGACUACCUAUUUUGUGGUUAUCAUCAGUCACAUUGCAGUGACUCUUGUAUUUAUAUUGUAGAUUCACUAUACCCCAGUGUACAAUUAUGUGUCUAUCAUUAGAUUGAAUGUUAUUCUUGAGUGCCUAUGCAGAAUGUACCUAGAUAGGUAUAACAAUGUUGAUUGAAGCAAACAACACUUACUCCAGCUCCUAUAUAACUCCCAUGCAUGCGGGGAAAGGUAAAUUCAUCUCUAGACGUCCUGCGCCUCGAGCUCCUGUAAUAUAUAAAUAAAGACCACGACCCCCAAACUCUGAGAUGCGUAACGACGGAACAAAAACAAGCCUAGAUAUGUUCAAUCGGUUCCUCAGGAAGCAGCUCUUCAUGCUCAAACUCUCUCCGCGCGGGCAAACACGCCUUAAGAGGCGCUCGAAUAAUAUCAUUAAACAAGAAAGUACCGUAAACCAGAAGCGCAAACCCCAGGACUUGGAGCCACUUGAAGGACUCCCAGCCUAGUCCCAGCGAAACGAGCCAGAUGAAUAGUGUCCGGGAUGUGUCGAUUGUGCUACGAGAGGUUGCGGAGACGGUUCGAGUG